GUGUAUACGAGCCAGUUUUCCUUAGAAAGUCCUCCACGAAGGCAUCCCUCCCCUUAGGCAGACAGCCCUCGUGUGCUUUGCCAUAAUUAAAUACACACACACAACUUGCCUCAUCAUUUGAAUUAGCCUUACCACUUUGCAAAAACCGUGCCUGAACUUUGAUGCCGAAAUAUCACAUAUAUACACACACACAUGUAUAUAUAUUAUAUAUGUACUUUUUAUGUGCAGGAUAUAUAUAUACUUAUGUAUUUUUGCUUUUUUAAAUGUAGCUAGUGGCCAAAAACUCCUUUUCCCAAAUAACUUUCCAAAAGCUUUUCCUGAUGCUCCAUUAGCUGGUGAUGAUGUUAGAUUAGAAUGUGUUGCAUAUGGAUACCCUGUGCCAGCAUACAACUGGACUCGGAAAGGCCUCACAAAGGAGCUUCCUCAAGGUGCUUCUUUGCAUAGCUAUAAUCGGGUUUUAAUUUUGCCAAAAGUCAGAGUUGAAGAUGUUGGUGAUUAUGUCUGUACUGCAAGUAAUGGGUUAGAAUCAACAGCUAAGUCUGUUCCUUUGCGUAUCCAAGCAAAACCUGAAUUCACAAUCCCAUUGGAGAAUAAAGUUGUAGAUAAAGGUUCAACAGUAGUAUGGACUUGCGAAGCAUUUGGAAAACCUGAUGUAACCUAUAGUUGGUUAAAAAAUGGCAAGCUACUGCAGCGUGAAAAUUUUGAUAUAAGCGACAGCAAUCGUUACCGUAUAUACAAUAACGUUCUAAGUAUUGACAAUGUAAUUGAAAGAGAUGAAGGAAUGUAUCAAUGUAAAGCUACAAAUCAUCUUGGCUCGUCAUAUUCUUCUGCACAGUUAAGAGUCAUUACUUUGAAGCCAACAUUUAAAAAGUAUCCUCUUGAUAGUGAGAUGUUUGCAGCUGAAGGUGGAAACAUAACAAUCCCUUGUCGUCCUGAAGCUGCCCCAUUUCCGAGUUUUACUUGGAAAAGAGAAAACUAUGGUUUGAGCUCAGUCGGAAGAAUUCGUAUCUUGGCCAAUGGUUAUCUUCACAUCAAUCCUGUGCGAAGGGAGGAUGAAGGUCGUUACACAUGCAUUGCUAAAAAUCAGUAUGGCUCAGAUUAUAGCGAAGGGCUGCUGAUAGUGCUAAGUUUACCACAACUUGUGGAUGCUCCUUUACCUCGAGUAAUGGCAGUAGUAAAUGAUUCUGCAGAACUGCCAUGUCGAGCAAGUAGUAGAAGAUACAUAGAUGAUGAUACUCUAGAUCUGGCUUACAUAUGGUUACAGAAUGGCCUUAGAAUUGAUAUGGAGAAACAACAUCAAUUUACUGUGGGUUCAUAUCCCGGAUACCUAAGAAUUUAUAACAUCACACGUGCUGAAGCUGGUACCUACCAUUGCAUAGUGAAAACAGCUGUUGGCAGAAUCACUCAGUCGACAGAGCUGGUUGUGUACGGUCCACCUGGGGCUCCUGGUGCUGUACUGGCAGAAGACUUAACUGCUACCUCAGGUAGAAUUCAUUGGAGUGAUGGUUCUCCUAAUGGGGAUCCAAUUAAAGCAUAUACCAUUGAAGGGAGAACGAAUCAUAAUUCAACAUGGGUGGUUCUGAAAGAAAAUGUUGAAAAAUACAAGAUUAGACCUGAAUCUGGUCGAAGAGAAAUAGAAUUAUUUAAUGUUCUGUCACCAUGGAGUAAAUAUUCCUUUAGGGUGUCAGCUAUAAAUUCAUUGGGUAAAGGUGAACCAAGUGAUCCAAGUCCAAUUUAUAAUACCGACAAAGAUGUUCCUCAUGUUGCACCAUCAAAUGUUGGAGGAGGUGGUGGAAAAGCUGGGAGUCUUACUAUUACUUGGGAUCCAUUAUCUCCUCAAGAAUGGAAUGCUCCAGAAAUAUGGUACAAUGUGUCAUACAAACCUGCUAAUUCUGAUGCUAAGUUCCAAGAACUCUCAUUAAAAAGUUGGCAUAAUAUUGGUUUGUUUGUGAUAAAUGUUGGAGAAGAGAACUACUACAAACCAUAUUUAGUAAAGGUGCAAGCUAUCAAUAGCAUUGGGCCUGGGCCUUAUAGUGAAGAAGUAGAAAUAUAUUCAGCUGAAAACAUUCCACAAGUGCAGCCUUCUCAGGUAUAUGCUGUUCCGUUCAAUUCAACUGCUUUGAAUGUUACUUGGGCUCCAUUGGAGUUGAACAGAGAAAAGAUUCGUGGAAAACUUAUUGGAUACAGGAUUAAAUACUGGCAAAAGGGAAAGGAUCGUACUGCUGAUUCUCUUAUUUUGCUGAAGAGAGGACUGGAAAACUGGGGAUUAAUUGUAGGUUUACAGCCCAAUACUGAAUAUUAUGUUGCAGUCAUGGCAUAUAAUGAUGCGGGAAGUGGUGUCGAAAGUGCUGCAUACUUAUCAAGGACAUUUAAAGCAGCUCCCUUGCGUCCACCUACAAAUGUUCGAAUUGAAGCUAUAACUCCAACAAGUGUAUCAGUGUCUUGGAGAGGUGUGUUACCUUCUACUGAAGAGGAACCCAUUAGAGGUUACAAGGUUCGUUAUUGGGAAUCAGAUCAAGAUAUGACAUCUGCAAAAGAAGUUUAUAGAUAUCUGGAUGGCAAUGAUCUUCAGGUUGUGGUAUCUGGUCUCACAAUGGGUAAAGUUUACAAACUUCGAGUGCUUGCAUUUAGCAAUGGAGGGGAUGGAAAGAUGUCAUCUCCUGUCCGUGAAUUUAAAUUAGGAGAAGCAUCGGCAGCACACUAUACUAUGUCUACUGGAAGCUGCUGUGCAUACCAUAUACAUGUUAUUUUGGUUAUAAUCUUGGUUAUGGUCUUCAAUAGAGACUUUCUAGUCUAAUGCAUUUGAUCUUCAUAUUCUUACCAUAUGGAAUCUCAUUAGUCUAAUAACAUCUGGUGCCUUGUUAUGAAUCUCAUUAUCCAGGAUUGCAUAAAGUGCAUUAAGUAAUGCAAUCAAACAAUAUUCUUGCUCUUUGGAGGAGCAUAAUAGUUAUCUACAGAUUCGUAAACUGGAAGCUGAAUUAAUUGCAUGUGAAAAAAAAUCCGAAAAACCUUGUUCCGGUGAUAUUUGAAUAUUCAAACAUUUUUUUAGAAUUGUAUUAUUAUUAUUAUUAUUACAAUUUCUGGAAGAAAAAUUGCAUUAAUUGUUAAAAUAAUUUUUUUACCAAAUUUUAUAUACUUUGAUUUGUUUCUUUAAAUAGAGUACCAGAAGGGUUAGUAGCUAAAAUGACACCUUGUUAUUUUUUAAAUUUAACUCCUCAUCAGUUGAAUUUUAUAAUGAACUCAGUUGAAGGGGAUUCUUUUUAAACAAAAGUUUAAAAAGAAGAAUAAGAAAGAAAAAAAUAAAUGUUAAAAAUACAAUGAAAGAAACAAAGGGCUAUUUUUUGUUCUUUCUUCAAACAAAAUUAUUUAAAUUAUUUUCAUUUUUUUAUUACAUUAUCUUGAAAAAUAGCUUGAGCAUCAAAAUUCAGCUGUUCUUCAAGAUGCAGUGUACAACAGUUUUUUUUUUUUUUUUUUUAAUAAGAAUUAAAUACUUUUUUGAAGAAAUUCUGCAGCAUAGAGUAAACAUACACAAAAGUGAUAGUAUUUAUGCAUUUACAUUUUUAUAUUUUUGUAUGUUUAUGUUUUAAUCAUGUGAAAAUUAUUCUGUACAGUGGUGUUGGUUUGAUUUUUAAUAUAUAUGAUAUAUUUGUGAUAGGAAUAUUUUAAAAUUUCAAAGAAACUAUAAGUCUUUUAACUUCCAAAUUUAGUGUUUAACAGAUUAUUUGCAACUUUGACCGCUAUAAAACAGAAGUUUCAUGUAUUCUGUUUUUUAUGGAAUUAGAAUCCAUGAUCACAUAAAGUGUUUUUCUUUUCCUUUAAUUAACCCUUUCAAGACUUCUUUGUAUGUGUGUGUGUGUGCGUGCAGACUCUAAUUUAAUAUAUUGCUUCAUAUUUUUAAAGCCUUUUUAAGAUGUUUUUAAUUUUUCAGAUUUUUUCGAACCUUUUUAUUGAUUUUUUUUUUAGUGGGACAUAUCAUCCCAUACCAAUACAUAGUAAUUUAUCAAGUGCAAUCAAAGUGGAUCUGUGAAGUUGAAGUUUCAAAGAUUAUAACUUGUCUUAAUUACAGGAGGCAGAAUAAUUUUGGGUACCUUUUUUUUUUUCUUAAUUAUCAUUUUUAUUUAUUUAUUUACUUUUGUUAAUUUUGGCAGCUAAAUGUAAAAAUCAAUACAGUAAAAGCUUGACGGCUAUCUGGACAGCUUAAGAAAUGCUGAAUUCUGAAUAAAUAAAAAUUUCAAAUAUUGUUAUGGAAAUGCAGAUAUUUUUGAUAAAAUCAGUUCAUUUUCGGAAUUUUGCUCAGCCAUUUCAUUAACGUUCUUUAAUAUCGUAAUUGUAUUUAUCUUUACAAUAGACGUGUACAGUCUACUUUUCAAUACUUUGUUGAUUGAGUUUCCAGCACUAUCAUUUCCUCUUAUUUUUUCAUACCAACUUUUGUUUGCUGUGCAGGAAGGUAGACUGCAUUGUUACAAGUCAUAGUCCUUUUUUAACAUUGAAAUUAACUCUUCAUAAAAUAUUCUGGAUUAUUUUCCCUAAAAUAUAAUAACUUUACUUAUAGAUCAUUAUCAGCAGUCUUCAUUACCUAUGUUCAGAUCAUUUCCAGAGGUGGUCAAUACAAGCUUUCACUGCAUUUAUUUUUUAAAAAAUAUGCACAUGUAUUUUAUUUAUAUCAUUCAGAUAAUCAUUAUUACUUUCUUGUUUACACAAUAUGAAACUCAGAGCCAGAAUCUCUCCUACCCAGGCUUUAGCCAUAUGGAGGAGGGAUUUGUUUUGAUGUAUUUGGUUGUUAAUUAGUGAUAUAUAUAUAUGUGUGUGUGUCUGUGUGUGUGUGGUGUGUGUGUGUGAUAAUUUAAUUCAACAAUGAAGUGCAUUUCUAUAUCAUAAACCACUGUAAGAAUAGUAACUAAUUAGUAGCUGUGAUGAGUAGAAAAUGCUACUUGUUGAGGCAUGGGCAUCUUAGCCACUAUCUUGAAUCUUGCUGGACGUUUUCAAUGAAAAAGGGGCUUUCGAUAUAUUAAUUGAAGUUAGAAUUUUUUUGGAAACAUAGUUGUGCAGUUAAUUAUUUAUUCAUAGGUGAGGUUUGAGUUUGUCAUAGAUGAAUUUAUUAUUUCUUUAUUUGGGGGGAAUCAGGCAUACGUAUGAGGAUCCAGGACUGAAUGUCUAUUGUGCUAUAAAUGCUGCAUGAAGUUCCCAUAUUACUUUGAUGAUGUUGUACAGCUUUCACCAUGGAUAUAUCACCUGACCUUUAUCCUGUUAUUUGGGGCAAAAUUCAAGUUGGUGGCCAUGAUGUUAUACUUUCCAACAGAUAGUGCUUUCUAUCCAUAACCCAACUUUAACAUUUAGUUUCAAUUCUUGCAAAAAAUUAUGAAGUGGAACAAUAUCUCCUGUUGAGAAAUACUUUUUUAUUUAUAGAGUAAUUACCAUUGCAUAUAUUUGAUUCUUUAAAGAGAAUGUAGUAGUGUUUAUGUGUUGGUAUUUCCAUUUCAGAGCAUUAAAAAAAAUUCUUUUUUUCAACUUU